GAUGCAGGAUGCAAGCAACGUUCAGGCUCCAAAUUUGCUGCAGUUUCUAUACUACUCCCUUCGACUGAGGAUGGACAGCUACAGUGUCAGCUCAAACAAGGCCAGCAACUCUGGAAUAAACUUUACAAACGACAAUGAGUUGAGGAUUGUGAUGGUGGGGAAGACUGGAAUUGGGAAGAGUUCCACUGGAAACACCAUUCUUGGUCGACCCUGCUUUCAGUCCAAAUGCAGCCCCAAAUCCAUGACUGUCAACUGCUCCAAAUGUUACUCUGAGAUUGACGGACAGCAGGUUGCUGUCAUUGAUACUCCAGGGCUGUUUGACACCAGAUUUGGAGAAGAUAAAACAAAAAAAGACCUGAGUCAGUGCAUCAGUUACGCUGCACCUGGACCCCAUAUCUUCCUGGUGGUCACUGCAGUGGGCAGAUUCACAGAAGAGGAAAAAAGAUCAGUGCAACAGAUCCAAGAGAUCUUUGGAGAGGCUGCAGACAAAUACAGCAUGGUUCUCUUUACUCGUGGGGAUGACCUUGAUUGCACCAUUGAGGAGUUUCUUCAUGAUAGCGAAGAUUUGAAUGAACUGGUGUCCAGAUGUAACGGCCAAUAUCAUGUCUUCAACAAUAAGGAUAAAGAUAGAGUUCAGGUCAACAAGCUGCUCCAGAAGAUCAAGAAAAUAGUUGAAAAGAACGGAGGAAGUCACUAUACCAAUGAGAUGUUUCAAGAGGCUGAGAAGGCAAUCGAACAGAAGAAACAACAUAUCCUGAAGGAGAAGGAAGAAAAGAUACGUAAAGAGAAAGAAGAACUGGAGAAAAAUAUUAAAGAAAAGUAUCAGAAAGAAAUCCAGAAAAUGAACGAGCAAUUCCAGGCUGAGAGAGAAAGGGAGAAGAGGGAGAGAGAGGAGGAAAUGAGGAGAGAAAAGGCUGAGAUGACCGAGGAGAGAAAGAAGGAAAUGGAAAAAAGGGAGGAAGAGAGACAGGCUAGAGAAAGAGAGUUUAAAGCCAUGAAAGAGCAACUGAAGGAAGAGCAUGAGAGAGAAAUUGAAAAAGCAAAAUCUGAGCUGCAGUCCAGACAUGAAUCUGAGGCCAGGGUUGAAGCUGAAGAAAAUAAUCCUUUUUAUCAUCUGAUUAUGGCUGCUCAACAUGCUGUACGGUUCUUUAAAGGCCUGUUUUCAAAAUAAAGGGGAACAUUUGUAAACUUGCACUCAUUAUUAAUAUCAGGGUGUGUACAAAAAUAUGACAAUAAAAACACAGGCAAUUGUAAAUCUCCCAAAGAAAACAAAGUAUAAAACACACCUAGAGCAUAAAAAACACACAGCAUUUAUUCUCUUUUAUUGUGUUAAUAGAAAAAGAAAAGCUCACGCAGAGUGUGACCCCUUCAUACUGCUGCAUAUUAACAAUUACCAAAGGGACGGAAAGAAGCUGAUUUAAAACAUCCAGGUUUAGUGAUUAACUUUUGCUUCAAUUAACUUCAUAUCUUCAGCUGAGGGUGUUUAAGUCUUUUACUGAAGAAGGU